UGGACAUUGUUUCCCCAGACUCCAGACUCCACCACCUGUCGCAACCAUGCCUAAAUUCUUCUGCGACUACUGCGAUGUCUACCUCACCCACGACUCGAUGAGCGUGCGCAAGGCCCACAACAGCGGCCGCAACCACCUGCGCAACGUCGUCGAGUACUACCAGCAAAUCGGCCACGAAAAGGCCCAGAGCGUCAUUGACUCCAUCACCGCCUCGUACACGGCCGAGGGCCAGGCCAGCCAAAACCCUAUGCUGCAGCCGCCGCCCAUGGGCGCCCCAGGCGGCUUCCCUCCCCCGCCCUUUGGUUUCCCGCCCGCCGGCAUGCCGCCCCCGCCCUUCGGCCUCCCUCCCGCCGCCGCCGCAGCAGGCGCAGCCCCCGCACCCGGCCCCCCCGGCCGCGGCCUCCCCCCCGGAAUGCCGCCUCCGCCCAACAUGCCGUUCCCGCCGCCGUUUGCGCCGUUUGCGGGCGCGGGCGCCGCCGCCUCGCCCCCGCAGGGCAUGCCGCCGUUCCCACCCCCGGGCGCCGCCGCCCCUGGCCCCGCCGGUACCGUGCCCCCGCCCGGCGCGUUCGCGUUCCCUCCGCCUGGUGCUGCCGGCGGCAGUCCGGCGCCCCCGCCUGGCGCGGUGGGGUUCCAGCCGCCGCCGGGCAUGGGCGGCCCUUCGGGCCCGCCUGGCGCGCUCUAGUUGCCGUUGGAGAUUGUGCGUGGUUGCGCGAGAGUGCUGGGGGAAAGGCGUUUUUUUCGGACUGGGUUUCUUGCUAGGAGGGGUGGGGAGACGAAGCGAGGGAAACAUGGACAUGGACAUGGCAAUUGAGUUUGGGGUGGUAUGCAUGCAUGCAUGCGGCACUGUGCUGGGCUUGAAGACCAAAAAAGCGAUAACGUAGCAGAGCAGAGCAGAGCAGAGCAGUGGUCUAAUCGCCAAGACACGGAGGUACGGAGCAAGCAAAAAACACAUAUUUACCGCGAGCAUCAGAGUCGAUAUCCUCGUCUGUAUCCCCAC